AUGGGGCGAUUCAGCACUGACGACAACCCACGGCCGCGAAAGCGUUACGCGAGCUCCAAGAGCCACGGAUCCUUCCUAACGAAUAUCACCAACCCGAAGACUUCUGCGACUACGUUCUUCACACCGACGCCCAAGAGUUCGGCAUCGACCUUCACCUUCUCCCUUCCAGCGUCUCUAGCAGCACUUCCAAGGGAUGACAACUAUCUGUUACGGCGGGAGGAUAAGGACGGACGGUUGGCUGUGUUGAACGGCGUCUUGGCUGGACUUGGUGAGGAGAAGCUCGCAGCCGCUUUCAAGACUCCUUUUCACGGUGUAUCUCUGGACGAUGCACCUGCGAGUAGACCUACUACACCCACCGAUACCGGUUUUACGCUAAGCGCUGGCGACGGCGAGCCCAGUCGGGAUGACGUGGACGCUCCGAUCGGGCCGAAGGAGCCGAGCAUAACCAAGCGUAUCCGCAAGUUAUGGGAUGAAUGUCCUAUAAUACCUUGGAAGUUCAAGUGGCGAGAACUCUACGUACGCGAACACAUACGACGGGAUGGGCGCGCAGAGGCAUUGGGGUUGAAAAAGUGUCCACACUGCGGCAACGAUGGGUUUCCAGAGUAUCGCUGCGAAGAUUGUCGAGGCGCGGACCUCUGCAAAGAAUGCAUCGUCUUCUGGCACCGAUACUCCCCGCUGCACAAGAUAGAGCGUUUCAAUGCUUCAGGUUUCUAUGAGCGAGUCAGUGGAGCUGACCUGGGCAUUCGAGUUCAAGUGCUCCAUAGACCGGGCGACGUCUGCAAGUUCCGCACUCUUCAUUCCGUGGAAAGGUUCACGAUCAUCCAUACCAAUGGUAUCCACAACAUCCCCGUUGACUUCUGCAACUGCGAAGCUGGACAAGACAUUCCAUAUCAUAUCCAACUCUUGAGGUGGGGUCUAUGGCCUGCUACAUGCUCCAAACCCGAGACCGCGACAACAUUCGAGGCUUUGGAUAUGUUUUCGCGUCUGUCCUUAUUGGGCCGACUGAGUCUAUACGACUUCUACCGAGCACUGGAGGCUGCGACAGAUGGUGCAAUGAUUCGAGGGAUUGCGUGCGUGAGGGAGCAACUGGCUGACUGUGUACGGCAAUUUCGUCAUGUCAUGAUGUUCAAGCGGGCUGGUAGGGGUCAUGAGCCUGGUGGGAUCGCGGGAACACCUCCAGGAGCAUGCGCGGUACCAUGUAUCGCCUGCCCGAACCUCAAGCUCAACAUGCCUGAGAACUGGGCGUCGAGACCAUUUCAGUGGCUCUACCGGGUUAUCCUGGCAGUCGACGCAAACUUCCGAUUAUCGAAUAAGCUGGUUGGCUCGACCGUGCGGGACCCCAACCUUACGGAUGGCGGAGCUUACUUGGCUCCAUGGCAGGACUACGCGCGGCACAUCAAGAACACUAUCAAAGAACUCGCACAGAAGUCAACCUGUUCACGCUUCGCGGCCCUUGAAAUGGCUGAUACGAGGGGAGGGAAAGGUCAGCGCUCGACCGGAGUUGCUGGUGUUGUCUGUGCGCGCCAUGAGAUGGUACAACCUCUGGGAAUAGCCCCGCUGCGCAAAGGGGAACGCUAUGAGAGCGUGGAUUGGGCGCUCUGUGGCGCUUUGUCACACAUUCACGCCCCCGAAGUCACAAUAUCAUAUGAUAUCGUCUGCCAGUACUCUGUCAAUCUCGGAACCCGCCUCGCUCGAAUCCUUCCGACGAGCGUCAUCUGGCCGGGCGCUCAGGUCUUUGCGAAGCUGGCUAGUGCAGGCAACAUAUCAUUCGUCGUCCCUAAGUUUCACCUUUACGCUCACAAGGUGUGGUGUCAGCUCCGAUACGCCUUCUUGUACCUACGCGGCGUAGCGAUGACCGACGGGGAGGCACCCGAGCGUCUAUGGUCCAGCGUCAACUCAGCUGCGCCAAGUUUAAAAGAAAUGUCACCAGGAGGGAACAACGAUGUGAUGGACGAUAUAUUUGGCGCAUAUAACUGGAUGAAAACGUGCACUAUUGGCUUGUUAUUACGAAGCAAGAUGGAUCGUGCACUACAUGACGGCCGCGCUCAAACUGCGACCCAAACAGACUUCACCGCGGCGCUGCGAACAGAUCACCCUGUAGAACUCGCCCAGACCGAGCUUGACAUUGGCACUUGGGACGUGUGCGAUAAAUCUCGGACCCCGGAUACAGAGUGUCCUUACUAUGUCAAAAAGCAGCGGGGAUUAUCGAUUCCCCAGAUUGCGCUGCAAACGGAGGCAGCCAAACGCGUCAUCGACUAUCACUCUGUGCAGUCCGGCGCCGACGACCCACUUUCCGCCUGUAUCGAGCUCGGCAUGGAGAUCGAGGAUGAGAGGUUUGCGCAUGCGCUACAAUCUGAUUUCGUCGCAAAUCUUGAUCGCCCUUACAGGGCCCGUAUAGCUUCACAAUACGACGGCGAGAGCGAGACCAGUAGGACGUCGAUACGAGCUCGGAUGCUGAAUGGCCUCACGGAUAUGAUUCUACGAUUCCGCGUCGCGCAGAAGCGCGCUAUGCCAUCAACAUACGCUGCGCUCACCGACGAGGACCUGGAUAUCGAGGCUAGCACGGCCAUGAUAGUUCGACUAUGCCUGCCUUCCGAUCCCGCAGACGGAAAAGUCUCGUCUGUGUCCUCUGCCGCCAGAGCUGCCGAGGCUAAGCUCCGCUGGAAAGCUCUGGAAGAUACGCUCGAGUCUCUCACCAGCCAGCUUCUUCUCAAAGGGUGUCUUCAAAAGCACCGGAUAGCCCAUUACACCGGUCAACGAGCAGCCACUCGCGCGCAAACAACCCAAGCUGCCGUAAACUCUAACAUCAGGGCAACCGCGGAUGAUUACAAGCGUCACUGGAGCGCCUACCUCGCGUUGGAAGGAAAGGGAUCUUGGCAGAUGGAAAUGCGAGAGUUACGUGACUCGGACUGUCGGUGUCUGGGCGACAGAAUGAUCGAGCAAAUGGAGAAGAUGUCGGCUGCGAAAAUCGAGGAUUUCCUUAGCGGGCGAGCCAAGCCGCACAACUCGGGCGAUACGGCGCACAACGUACCGUGGAUCUGGUACAACUGCAAGGAGAAAUCCGUUCUAGAGAUCACUGAUGAAUUGAUGCGAGAAUGGGCUAAAUCUCGCGCGCGCGCCCAACACUGGCUUCAGGAGGUGCGACUGCUCGAUGCUGAGAUGCAACGCGCGAUUGACUCCAGUGAGGCAAUCGCCCGAUUGUGGGACGAACGCCGGGAUCGCGAAGAGACCAUUGACCUAGGCGAGGGAUAUGCGUGGGCGAGCGAUGCAAGUUAUGUAGAUGGCAAGCGGGCAUAUGCUUCGAAGCAGGCGUUCAUACGGAGAGCGCAGGCGACGAAGUGGCGAAAAGAAUUCGCCGGUAUGAGAAAAGAGGCGGCGUGGUUUUUGACCACACAUACGGAGGAGGGUAUCGCCCUAGACCCCGCAACGCUUCUUCCACCUGAGGAGAUUGCCGAGAUGCAGCGUCUUGCUCACGCGAGGAGCGAGAGGCGUACAGCGGUUAAGCGCAGGGGGAAGUACGCAACGGCCGAGGAAGACGACCAUUACGGAGACGAGGACGCUGAGGACGCGCCGGUGGUCGCGGGAGACCCACGCGAUCAAGACGAUGGCAGGUCAAACGGUAUCGCUGAUAGUGACAAUCUACCACGCCGUGCGACAGCCGUCGGCGGCGUUCACCGCCGGGGAGGAAAGGCGGCGAAGAGCGCGAGAAGGGGAGGCCGGUCCAAGCGGGGUGGCCACUCUGAUGGUAACAAGGCGUCGAGCGGACGAGGGAAGCGCACUAGGUGA